CACACGCGCGCACACACACGCACACACACGCACACACACUUCAGCAUUUUAAACACACAUAUUACAAUAGCAUGUGAACAAUAGCCGUCUUGUAUUAUUUUAUGAACGCAUCAUAACGUGUGUUAGUUUUAUUUCCGCUUUCUGACAAAAACGUCCUUAGAGGAAACACAAGCGGCUAAUCUCCGGACUUCCUGUUUAAAGCUCCACUGUUGACUGGUGAAAGGGGAUGAGGUCCCUGGAAGAUAAUACAACUACCCAAUGAAACCGGAAUAGAAGUUCCGUCAAAAUGAGUUGGAUUCCCUUCAAGAUUGGACAACCAAAGAAGCAGAUUGUCUCUAAAACAGUUGAAAGAGACUUCGAGCGAGAAUAUGACAAGCUCCAAAAGCUGGAGGAUCAGACGAAAAAGCUUCACAAGGACAUGAAGAAAAGCACUGAGGCUGAUUUAGCCAUGUCCAAAGCAGCAGUGAAGAUCUCUGCAGACCUGCUGAGUAACCCGCUGUGUGAGCAGGACCAGGCCUUCCUGGAUUCCAUGACCGCUUUAGAUACAGCUAUGAGAAGGAUGGACUCCUUCAACCAGGAGAAGGUCAACCAGAUCCAGAAGACAGUUAUUGACCCUCUGAAAAAGUACAGUGGCGUCUUCCCCAGCCUCAACAUGGCAGUGAAGCGCCGGGAACAGGCACUGCAGGACUACAAGCGGUUGCAAUCCAAAGCGGAGAAGUAUGAAGAGAAAGAAAAAACCGGGCCUGUUAUGGUUAAACUACAUCAGGCCAGAGAGGAGCUCCGACCGGUCAGGGAGGACUUUGAGGCCAAGAACAAGCAGCUGCUGGACGAGAUGCCCAAGUUUUACUACAGCCGCAUCGACUACUUCCAGCCCAGCUUUGAGGCUCUCAUUAGGGCGCAGGUUGUCUAUUUCACCGAAAUGUACAACAUCUUCAGCGAGUUAACAGACCAGAUCGACCAGGCAGGACUGACUGAUGAGCAGAGGGAGAGGGAGACCGAGGCCAAGCUCAGCGAGUUGCGUGCUCUGUCCAUUGUCGCAGACGACUGAGGGAGGAAAGCCGAAAACCGGGAUGGGUUCCUUUCAUGCCUCUCUGAAUGGAUUGCAGUCUUUUCAGGCGCCUUCGUGCAGUUCAAACGGACAGCAAUGGCCUUAACCUGAUUAUCAGUAUUGUUUCCUUGCGCCCUCAUCACCCCUCCAUUCCUCUUGCACUACACUCCCAUGUUCCAUUCUUUCUUCUCUGGAACUCAAAGCAGCUGAAUUAACUAAGCCAUCAGCCAAGUGCAGCAUUAUAAGCCAAUAUGUUGUUUUUUUGUAAGGGAAUCAAAACAGUUUUCGUCAGAACUAAUUAGCAAGGUUUACACUUUGUGGUUUCAGAGAUGUCUAUAAGCAUUUGUUUCUAAAGCAGGAAAUGAGCAUGAAUGUUUUUAUUAGUCACAUCUGCAAUGUUACUAACAAUCUGUGAAACAGUUUUUAUCACCCAAGUUUGAAGGACAAACACUACAGACUGUUGUGUAAUAUACUGCAGAUUACCAGCAAGAACAUGCAAGCCUGUGUUUUGGCCUUUGCUGGUUACCUCUAAGUUUAUCUUUGUGCCAUGUUGUGUGAGGGCUUUUUAUUGUGGUUUACGGGGGUAUUGGUAACAUCACCUGUGCAUUAAGUGCCUACAUUGUCCCAGCUGUGGAUGUAACAUGAAAGCUCUCUCAGUAAAGGGAGACUGCCCGUGCAGCGGUGUUGAAAGGUCGACCAGACUGCUGAGAGAACAAGUUACUGUUGAGGUCUAAUCAAAACAAAGGCUGGUGCUCCCUCUAGUGGAAGUACUAAUCAUGACAGUUUCCUUUUAUUCACACCAUCCAUCCCUUUGUUGUAUUGGUUUCAGUUUGUCUGUUAGCAUCAAGCCUCACACAUUGUUGACCCUCUAAGAAAGUCCAUUCUCAACCAGGGUUAGAAGCCAACUUGUGUUUUUAGCUUUCCAUGAUUUUGGACCCAAAUUAUACUGUCACUCUUUCAUCCGUUAGUGCCUGUAUGAUCAACACGUACUAGAUGGUAAUGCACACACACCAAAUUGUUCCAACAGGUUUGUGGAUUUUAAAAAAAGUGAUGUAAUAUCCAGAAGUUGACUAUUUAUUCUCCCACAUUGAAAUGAUAAAAAAUUCUUAGGUGAUCGUCUUUGAGUUCUGUUAUCUACGUAUAUUAAUGAAGGUUUUUCUAAAUAAUGAAGUUUAAGUGGUAGAUUUGUCUUUUGACAGGAGUGGGUUUUAAUCGUUUAAAAAAAAAAUCUGUGAAUAACUCCUUCAGCCAUCAUUGUAAUGUGUAUAUCGUGAAAUAAAUGAACGGAGAAUAGCAACCAUGUA